AUGUUCCCUAGUAUUCAAGAUGAAGGAAAUUCUAAGAAACAACAUAACAAGCCUUCUGGCAGUACAAAAACGAAGUCUGCUGAAACAGAAAUUUCUGUCUCAAGACUUGACAUACCUGUUGGCCUCAUCAAAAAAGUUCAGAAGCACCCAGAUGCAGAUUCACUCUAUGUUGAAGAAAUUGAUGUCGGUGAAGAAUCCCCUCGAACAGUUGUUAGUGGCCUCGUGAAAUAUAUUCCUCUUGAGGAAAUGCAGAAUCGGAAGGUUUGUGUCCUUUGUAACUUGAAGCCUGCAACCAUGAGGGGCAUUAAGUCACAAGCAAUGGUCUUGGCUGCAUCAAACGAUGACCACACAAAGGUUGAGUUAGUUGAUCCACCAUCAUCAGCCAAGGUUGGUGAACGAGUGACCUUUCUGGGAUACUCAGGCGAACCAAACAACGUCUUAAACGCCAAGAGCAAAGUUUGGGAGAAGCUGCAGGUUGAUCUGCAGUCUAAUAAAGAGUGGUUGCCUGUUAUAAGGAUGUGCCUUUCACAACAUCUGCUGGUGUUUGUAAAGUUUCGUCUAUCACAAAUGGAGCCAUAA